AUGUCAGAUCGUGAAUUCGGAGGAGCGGAUGACCUAUCCCUCCCUAAAGCCACUGUCCAGAAGAUCAUCUCCGAGAUCCUCCCUUACGACCUCGCCUUCGCCAAGGAUGCGCGCGACCUCCUAAUCGACUGCUGCGUCGAAUUCAUCACUCUUAUUUCCUCGGAGGCCAACGAGAUUGCCGAGCGCGAAGCGAAAAAGACUAUCGCGGCUGAACAUGUCAUCCGAGCCCUUAGGGACCUCGGCUUCGAGGAGUACAUCGACCAGAUCCAGAAUGUGGCGCAGGAGCAUAAGGAACAUCAGAAAUCCCGCGAAAAGAAACAAACGAAGCUCGAGCAGUCCGGGCUGUCGCAGGAAGAGCUCUUGAGGCAGCAGGAGGAGCUGUUCGGGUCGGCUAGGGCCAAAUUCAACCAGCAAGGCCCUGGCCAGGAGUAG